AUUGGGAUUUGUUUCUGGCCCCGAGCUAGCACUGAUUCUUGCCCGACCAUCUUUCAGUGUUGCGAGGCACUUUCCGAGCUCCAUCAAGCUCGGCAGUCGUUACCGCCGGGCCUGGAAAGGUCCAACAAUGAGGUGCUUCGUGGUGGGCCAUAAGGUCGUCAAGCUUAUGUCCCUCUCGUCCCAAGACUUUUCCGUUUUCCAACUCCCAACGCUUGAGGGUAUACGGGCUGUUGAUACUUGAGCUUAGGGUGAAUAUCUCAUCUUUGUAAUUUGCAGCCCCGUCAACCUGUAUCCCGUCGAACUUUUCGAAGAACAAUGACCCCUCCGUUGGUUGCCCUGAUAACCGCGGGCAGCGCUGGUCUCGGCGCCGCUACUGCCCGUCUCUUCGCCCGGAACGGCAUCCGCCUAGUCAUCAACUACGACAGCAACGGCCAAAGGGCAUACGACCUUGUGGAAGAACUCACGAAUAUCUCCCCGCUAACAGCAGCUAGCACAGAUCGCCAGGACAACUACGUUGCCCUCAAGGCUGACUUGGCCGAAAAGGAUCAGAUCAGCCAACUUGUCGACAACACUAUAUUCAUCAUGGGUAAACUCGACAUUGUCUUCUCCAAUGGCGCCUGGAUCCGUCUCCGAGACAUCAACGAUCUGGAUGACAACGUGAACGAGGAAGACUGGGAUACGUGCUUCAACAUGAACGUCAAGUCCCAUCUCUGGUUGAUGCACGCUGCGAAACCUUAUCUGGACCAAACGGAAGGUGUCUUCAUCACCACUGCUUGUUUGGCAGGUGUCAUAGUUAGCGGGAGUUCGCUUGCCUACUCCGUCACCAAGGCAGCACAAAUACAUUUGGCCAAGGGAUUGGCACAGAUUGCGGCACCCAAAAUCAGAGUCAAUACUGUAUCUCCGGGCCUUAUGCUUACGGACUGGGGUCUUCAGUUUCCACCCGAAAAGCAGGAAGAAGCGAGGGAGAGAUCAAAGCUCAAGCGUUUGGCGGCAGUACAGGAUGUUGCAGAGCAGGUACUCUGUUUCGUCAAGUCCAAAAGUGUAACAGGAGUGAACGCCAUUAUCGAUGGAGGAAUGGCACUCUGAUGACAGUGGCUCAUGGAAAACAUCGAUGGACCACACUCCGCAAGCACCAGAUGUAUAUUAUAUUCCACAAAAGGAAAAGGGGGGAGCAAAGAGAAUCUGAAGACUCUCAACAAGAAACCAGGAAAGAAAAGAGAAAAAAAGUUGUGACUCGGAUACCGGGAGUCGAACCCGGGGCUGUU